CAGCGGAAGCGGCGGCGGCAUUCUGGUCCUGUGUAAUUGGUUGUGUUCGUUUCCUCAAAAUGUCGAAAACUGUCGCCUAUUUUUACGAUCCGGACGUCGGGAACUUUCACUAUGGCACAGGUCAUCCCAUGAAACCACACCGCCUGGCUCUCACACACAGUCUGGUCCUUCACUAUGGGCUGUAUAAAAAGAUGAUUGUCUUUAAACCAUAUCAAGCUUCACAGCAUGACAUGUGCCGCUUUCACUCUGAAGACUACAUUGAUUUCCUUCAGAGAGUGAGCCCUAACAACAUGCAAGGCUUCACUAAAAGUCUUAACGCAUUCAAUGUCGGUGAUGACUGUCCAGUUUUUCCUGGCCUAUUUGAGUUUUGCUCUCGGUACACUGGAGCGUCACUUCAAGGAGCUACUCAACUAAACAACAAGAUUUGUGACAUCGCAAUUAACUGGGCUGGGGGACUUCACCAUGCAAAAAAAUUUGAGGCUUCUGGAUUUUGUUAUGUCAAUGACAUUGUGAUUGGUAUUUUGGAGCUUCUCAACUCUUUAAUUAUUCGCAAAAUCGCCUAUAGA